CCACCACUCUUUCGGCAGAGUCCACCGCCUUCACGGCAAUCACAUCACAUUUGCAGAAUGCAGGAAAUAAACGAUGCUCGCACGUCCCAGAUUUCACGGGCAGAAAAUCAGGCGAUGUUUACACGCCAAAGACACGACAACGUUUUACCCAACAUUAAAAAAAUAAUGAUAAGAGCAAAUUGGACAUGUAAUUUUUGCUCCAUGUCUUCAAUUAACUCGGUCCAAAAAAUGUGGCAAAAACCAUUGAUAUUUUAUUUUAUAGUUAUCAUGUCAAAUCUGGUCAAACUCGAAUUUGAAGCUCUCGAUAUAUCUAGAAAAAACUAUAUUUCACGAACAUUGGAUGCCGAAAUUCAUUUGGCUGCAAGGGGGUUGGGAGAAACAAUAAUCUCCCCAAAUAAUUCAACAAUACAAGAUAAAGCUAAAGCAAUGAUAUUACUGAGGCAUCAUUUGAAUGAGGCAUUGAAAAAUGAAUAUUUAACUGUAAAAGAUCUUGCAGAUCUCUGGAAAGCCUUGAAAGAAAGGUAUGAUCACCAGAAAACGGUAAUUCUCCCCCGGGCUCGUUAUGAAUGGAUGUACUUACGCUUCCAAGAUUUCAAAACUGUAAACGAGUACAAUUCAGCCAUGGUUCGCAUUUUCUCGGUAUUGAAAUUAUGCGGAGAAAACAUAACUGAUUACGAUAUGCUCGAAAAAACGUUGUCCACAUUCCACGCUUCAAAUGUACUUUUGCAGCAACAAUACAGAGCAAAAGGCUUUGUGAAAUAUUCUGAGUUAAUUUCUUGCUUGUUGCUAGCUGAACAAAAUAAUGAGUUGUUGAUGAAAAACCAUGAAUCUAGACCCACGGGGUCUACUGCGGUCCCUGAAAUAUAUGCUGUAAUAUCUAGACAGGGAACCAGAAAUGAAAACAGCCAAACAUAU